AAUACUGCCGUCAACAUCACCACAGUCGCGCUCACAUCUUACAGAAUACGGAGUAAAACAAUUUACAAAUCCCUGAGGCUGUCUUCCCAUGCGCUACGAAGACCGACCAACAUUACCUCUUCCGAGUACAGAGCAAGGGGUAUGAAUAAACAGCAUCCCUCUGGUCACACCCCGGCUUCAACUUUCAAAGAGAGACAUGUCUUUCAAGGACUCCUCGCCACUGACCCUCACCUCACAAGCGUGCAGGAGCUUCAUCAACAACAGUCAUGGUAAGCGUAUUCAAGCAUGAUGGUAUGUCAAGCGCUGGGUGCAUCCUGCAAGGUAAACAAAGAAGGGUCCAUCUCAACUGUAAGUAACUGUAGUCGUCAGGCUUCUUGAAUGUCGUCUGGCUCUUGGGUCUUCAACUUCACACAGCAAUCAUUCAACAAUGCGCCUCCCGUUGUUGUCCAUGUGUUGUGGGCAGCACACACACAGAUCUCACCUUUGUGCGCAAACUCGCAUCCUGCCGACAAAGAAAAAGGCUCUCCUGGGGUUCUUCCCUUUCUCCUCCGAAUGCAUGCGCUCACGCCGAGACUGUCAUGUCAGCGUGAACAAAGAAAACUCCCAAUUCAAUGAUGAUUUUAUAACUCUUUCAAAUGGGUGAAACCGUUACUGCUCCAACUACAUAUCCGUACUUGUUCCAACGAUUCAGCGUUCGGAUGGGAUAGAUGAGAUGAGCCCUGCAAAUCACUUCAACGCCAGUUGACAAUGGGCCCGAACGCCGCGAGGCUUGAUACGCGCACAUCAUCAUCAUACUUUAGCUUCUCUUUCGACGAGGACAUGAGAUCACCCCGGACUCCUACCUACGUCCCAGACACCCCAUCGCUCGAAUACAUUGUGCCAUUCGACCACACCAAGAUGGCCGUCGAUUCCGUCCAAAAGCCGCUGGGCAGUGAGAACAACAACGCGAUCCCUAAGCCUCCCCCUCCACCGCCACCGGACGAGCCCAUGGCUUGGGUCUGGAUGUGCCAUCUGUGCCACUCGAGGUAUCCGUUGGGUGUGACGCGACGGUGCCUGGUCGAUGGCCAUUACUACUGUGCCGGCGAGACCGACCGUCCAAGCCUGCGGAGAAAGAAGAAGAACAAGAGCUGCUCCAGCGAGUUCGACUACGUCGCGUGGAAGGCCUGGGCGACGUGGCGUCGAAAAGUGUUUCAAAUCGCCCCCCACCAUAACCACAACAAUCCACCACGGACGUUGCGAGGCUGCGAGAACUGCGAGUUCCCGAGCCAAUGUCGAUACCCACCUUCCCCCCCUCAGACCGGCACGGGUAGCAAAGUGGACGAAGAGUACGCGAGAGAGUCCAAAAAGGCAACACGCGAAGAGAAGAAAGAAAACCAAAAGAAGUCGGUCACCACCGCGGCGGCCGCCGCUACAACAGCCACAUCCGACGGCAGCGUUGAUUUCGACCAGAUCUUGAACAAUAUUCUCGUCCAGAAAGAAGAGAAGGAGGAGGAGCUGGAGUAUGGGCAGACUAAAGGUUCGUCAUGUCUAGAUCAGAACCACGCUGGCAAAACGUCGCGAAUGAAGAAGGGGAAUGGGAGAAAGACGACGUCACAGUCGCAGAAAGGACUCGUACAGUCAUCCUCGCUCGAAGAGGAAAUGAGCAGGGAGGCAGCAAGGCUGCGAGAGAUGGUCGGCAUGGAUUUGUGGAGUACGUUGGAAGAUGUUGAUCUUGAAAAGACCAAAGUCGAUUGAGUCAACCGAGUCAGAAUGUGACGUGGAAUGGUGUUGAUCUACGGACUCAGACGAUGUUGUUUCGUCACUAAAUGACCUCCCUUGGACUACCUGUUCAUACCUAGACUCACAAUUGUACCCGGGAAAAUCAUAUCACAUCAUAUCAUACGAGAACAUCUGCUACCUCCAGGUACACAUUCUUGCAAAGGAAUAAAGCCCUAUAUAGUA